AUGAAAUCGAAUCCAAUCACACUCUCUAGUACCUUACCAACUUGUGUUGUUUUAGCCGCUUUAAAACCGAACAAGGAGUUACACAAUCAAAUUGUCAAAAACGGGCAAAGAAAUGGUCAAGGACUCAAGGAUACACACGAUACUACUACACAGAUUUGUCAAAACUCCAAAGAGAUCCAUGUCAAAGCCGGCAAGUUGGGACGUGCUGCUGCUUCUUGCCGGAGAAUGACCGGAUGGAAACUUUUAGCCGCCGCCGUAGCUAUUGUUGCUCUGCUGCUUUUCCCGGAAUUCGUACAGUGUCAAGUGGUUGGCGACGAAUUCGCCGGUCAGAUCAACGACACUGCGUUCCUCCCGUUCAUUACCCAGGCAGUAUAUAGCAGUCUCUCCAACGCCACCUCUACAAUUCUUAAUAGCGAUGUUGGAAAUCGAUCCUCCUUCUGCGUUAAGGAUCGAGAGGUUGAGUGGAAUCGAGCUUUCAACUAUUCUUCUAAUUUGGACUUCUUGACUGCUUGCAUUCUAAGAACCAACGGAGAUGUUACACAGCGCAUAUGCACAGCAGCAGAGUUAAAGUUCUACUUUGGAGGGUUCUUUUCAGGAUGGGCAUGUGCCACGUCAUCCACCGAUGAUGUUGACAUGGAAGAUUCUCAGAAUAUUCCUGCUAGAACUCUCAACUGUCAGCCUUGUUGUGAGGGUUUCUUCUGCCCCAAUGGUCUUACUUGCAUGAUUCCUUGCCCAUUGGGUUCACAUUGCCCAACUGCAACCCUUGAUAGAGCUAGUGGCAUAUGUACACCAUAUUCUUACCAACUGCCACCUGGACAGCCAAAUCAUACUUGUGGUGGAGCAAAUAUAUGGGCAGAUAUUCGCAGCAGUAGUGAGAUGUUCUGUUCAUCAGGCUCAUAUUGUCCAUCAACUACACAAGAAAUACCUUGCAGCAGCGGGCAUUACUGUUCAACAGGCUCUACCUCUGAAAAACCAUGCUUCAAGUUGACUUCAUGUGAUCGCAACAGUUCCCACCAAAAUAUUCAUGCAUAUGGGGCAAUGCUUAUAGCUGCAAUAUUUACUAUUCUGCUCAUCAUCUACAACUGCUCUGACCAAAUACUUAGCACCCGAGAGAGAAGGCAUGCUAAAACCAGAGAAGCAGCUUCAAGGCGUGCAAAAGAGAAAGUGAAGGCACAUGAAAGAUGGAAAAUGGCUAGAGAAGCUGCUAAGAAGCAUGCAGCUCAAAUCUCUCGUACAUUUUCUCGUAAAAAGGCUGCUCCACAAACCGAGGAACUCUCCAUAUUACAUCAUGGUGGAGAUGAAAUCGAUGAUGAUCAAACCACUUCAAAUGUGUCCCAUUCCUCUUCCAAUGAGAACAGAUUGGAGCUAAGCAGUCAAACAUUUGAUAGACAAGUAGUCGAUAAGGAUCUUUACAGUUAUGAAGGAGGUUUGAGCCGGAGCACAGAGAGUAAAGCUACAAAUGGUAAAAAGAAAAUGCAAAAAGAAAAAGAAAAGGAGAAACAAAUUCAUACCCAUAGCCAAAUCUUUAACUAUGCAUAUGGUCAGAUUGAGAAAGAGAAAGCCAUGCAAGAGAAUCAAAACCUGACUUUUUCUGGAGUAAUCUCAAUGGCUGUUAACACUGAGGUGAGAAAAAGACCUAAAAUUGAGAUUGCUUUCAAAGAUCUUACUCUAACUUUAAAAGGGAAAGGGAAGCAUCUGUUGAGAUGUGUGACUGGUAAAAUCAUGCCUGGAAGAAUCACAGCUGUGAUGGGCCCAUCUGGGGCAGGGAAGACAACUUUUCUUAAUGCAAUAGCUGGAAAAGCACAUGGAUGCAGUAUAACCGGUUCCAUUUCUGUAAAUGGGAAACCGGAUUCAAUCCAUUCAUAUAAAAAAAUCAUUGGAUUUGUCCCACAAGAUGACAUUGUCCAUGGGAAUCUGACUGUGGAGGAGAAUCUCUGGUUCAGUGCAAAAUGCAGGUUGCCAGCAAAGAUGCUGAAGCAAGAUAGGGUUUUGGUUGUUGAGAGAGUUAUAGAGUCGUUAGGUUUGCAAGCAGUGAGAAGCUCUUUGGUUGGAACUGUAGAGAAGCGUGGGAUUUCUGGAGGACAGAGGAAAAGAGUAAAUGUUGGUUUGGAAAUGGUAAUGGAACCUUCUGUUUUGAUUUUAGAUGAACCCACUUCUGGUUUAGAUAGUUCAUCUUCUCAGUUGCUUCUUAGAGCUCUCAGAAGGGAGACUAUUGAAGGGGUGAAUGUUAGCAUGGUUGUUCACCAACCAAGCUACUCUUUGUUCCAGACGUUUGACGACUUAAUACUUUUAGCAAAAGGCGGACUCACUGUUUACCAUGGACCAGUAAGGAAAGUUGAAGAAUACUUUUCAGGGAUGGGGAUCAAGGUUCCAGAUCGUGUUAAUCCUCCAGAUUAUUUCAUAGAUGUUCUAGAAGGAAUGGUGAAACCAAGCACGGGUUCAGGUGUAGUAACCCAUGAACAGCUUCCAGUUAGAUGGAUGCUUCACAAGGGUUACCCUGUACCCCCUGACAUGCGUAGAAACUCUGCUAUGUUUCCAGAAGGUGAAGCUUCAGUUAAUAGUAAUAAUGAUGCUGGAAGUGCCACAGAGGAACAUUCCUUUGCUGGUGAGAUUUGGCAGGAUGUAAAGACAAAUGUGGAGGUUAGAAGAGACGUUUUACGCCAUAAUUUCUUGCCAACUAAGGAUUUGUCAAACCGCAUUACUCCUGGAAUUUUCAUGCAGUAUCGAUACUUUCUCGGAAGGGUUGCUAAGCAGCGGUUACGGGAAUCUAAGCUACAAUUAAUAGACUAUUUAAUCUUAUUACUUGCUGGAGCAUGCUUGGGUUCGAUUAUUAAAUCAAAAGAAGAGACUUUCGGGGCUCCUGGAUACACUUACUCCAUUAUUGCAGUAUCUUUGUUAUGUAAAGUUGCGGCGUUGAGAACGUUUUCAUUGGAUAAGUUACAAUAUUGGAGAGAGCGUGCAUCUGGGAUUAGCAGUCUGGCUCAUUUUCUAGCUAAAGAUACAAUUGACCAUUUCAAAAACUACACGGUUUUGUUGUGCCUUGUGUACUGUGUCACUGGCAUUGCCUACAUGUUGGCCAUAUUUCUUGAUCCCGGUCCAUCACAGCUGUUUGCGGUGCUGCUUCCUGUAGUUUUGACUCUUGUGUCGACACAGACGGAAAAUAGUGACUUCUUGAAGAAUGUGUCAAAGCUGUGCUACCCUAAGUGGGCCCUUGAAGCAUUUGUAAUUGCGAAUGCAAACAGGUAUUCUGGGGUGUGGCUGAUUACGCGUUGUGGGGCACUUUUAAGAUUCGGAUACAAUGUACAUGAUUGGGGUCUUUGUAUAUUCGUUCUUAUCAUGAUUGGUGUUCUUAGCCGUAUUUCCGCCUUCUUUGGCAUGCUCAUUGUUCAUAAGAAUUAAUUAAGAUCUGACAGACAGACAAACACUCAACUCCCAAAUCUCAAUGUUUCAUGUUUGCUUUGCAGCAUAUAAGAGAGGUAUCAAAUGAAUGUUGUAUUAGUGAGAUAUAGUUAGUUAGUUAGUUAUAUUAGGUUAUACUUGUAGUAUACCACGAGUAGAAAAGUUCAUUUUUUGAGUUUCAUUCAUUUUCAUUUGUUUGUGUGAAAACUGAAAACUAAAAACUAAAUGAUUAUUUCUUCCAAAGCUUAUUAUUCAUUGUUUGUAACACCUCAAACUUCAUAUAUUAUUUUAAUUCUUAUAUCAAUUGUAAAAUGUUGUUUAUUUGUUUGACGAUGACACACCAAUGGCAUGUAAACGUUUUUGAAAUCAUCUUUAGUAAAUGAGCAUCAAAUUUGGG